AUGACUGGCGUUGAGGCUGUAUCCAAUUCAGAACCUGCUGAGGUAGCUGAUCCAAAAGUGAAGGACUCGUUCGUUCAGCAAAAACAAUCACCAUUAGUUGGAGAUCGAGUACCGUUCGAAGUAGUGGUUAUGGAGUACGACCCGGUUGAAAGUGCUGAGUACUAUACAAAAGCUAAGGAUCUGCUGGGAACCUACUCUGACAUCCGUCUCAUACGGCGGGAUGGAAAUUGCUUCUAUCGAGCAGUUCUUGUUGCACAAAUCGAAUUAAUGCUCAAUGAUCGGGAGGAGUGCGCAAGGUUCGAAAGGAUAUGCCGCGGAUGGCAAGAGCGCCUGAUCAAACUUGGAUACCCUGACUUUACAACUACUGACUUUUGCGAAGUGUUUUACAAAUGGAUGACACCAAUAUGGAGCCAUCAGGCGGACAGAAAAAAGAUUUUUGAAGAUUUAAACGAUGACGGCGAAGCUAACUACCUCAUAAUAUUUUUGAGAUUGAUAACUGCUGGAUUCUUGAAAGAGCACUCGGAGGAGUAUGCUCCAUUCAUAGAGGAUAGUAGUCUUUCUGAUUAUUGUACAACAGAAAUUGAAUCAAUGUGGAAGGAUGCCGAUCACCUUGCUGUCACAGGACUCGUUAACGCCAUAGAUCAGAGCAUUCGUGUGCAGUACAUGGACCAGAAUGCUGCUCCAAACGGUGGUUUAUAUUACGACUUCCCUCCUGACCGUACUGAAACACCUCGGAUAACUCUGCUCUAUCGGCCUGGUCAUUAUGAUUUAGUUUAUCGCAGGUAA